AUGGGAACGUUACAUUUUGUUUAUUUACUUUUAUUCUUUAUUCCAUCAAUCGUUUCACUGCCUUUAAAAUAUGAAAGUGACCAUCAAGAAAAUACUCCCAUUUCUUCUAUAGAAAUUAUUGAAACUCCAGCCGUUGAAAAUAUAGAAUCUACUACACAAAACGAAAAUGUGACGUCGACCACGAGUGAUGCUGACUCAGAAAUUUUAAGUAGUAGCUUAGUGUUAAGUAGUAGCAAUGCGAGAAAUCAAAUCAGACCAGGAAUGGUGGUGGAGAGGUACGACAUUGAAAUCAGUGUCAAUCCCAUCGCUGGGUCUUUUGAUGGCCAUCUUACGGCAAGAGUGAAUGUAAUUGACCAGAAUUCAAGAGAAGAUCCAAUAUUAUUUUACGUUGGAGAGUUGAACAUAAGAUCCGUCCUCUUUUCCUUUGCUGGAGGUAGUGUUUUUUAUAGCGCUGAAGAUUUUAAUGUUGAUGAGGGAUUGUUAGAAAUUGUAACAGGAUUUGAAGCUUCGCUAUACACUUUUAUUAUUGAAUACACUGGUUCCUUGGAAUGGGUUGGCACUGGAUUGUUUUAUGGAUCUCACGGCAACAUGGACUACAUUGCUAUGAAUCUACAUCCAACAAAUGCUAGGCGAGUUUUUCCCUGUAUGGAUGAACCUACCGAAGCGUCAACAAUAUCAUUUACUUUCAAUAAUAUGGAAUACAACAACAUGAUCUCUAACUCUCUUCUAAUGGACAAUAGCCAAACUCAGUUUAGACCAUUACAAGGACCUCCGCAUUUAUGGGGAAUGAUAGCACAUAAUUUCCAAGUCUUGAGUAUGCCUACAGCCAACGUUUUUCUUUACGGUCGUCAACUGACGUCUAACCAAGAAUCCCAGGGUGCUGUUGCAAUAAACAACUAUUAUCAUGCUCUCAACGAGUGGACAAAUAAACCAUUUUUGGAAAUUGUUGUCGAUCAAACAGAAUCACUAAAUGUAAUUGCUUUACCUGAUGUAGAUAGGGAAUGGUAUUCACUUUCCACGGUUUGCAUAUGGGAGCCGUAUGUACUAAUGGAAUUAAGUAGUUCGGUAAAGCAAAGGAAAGAAGCACUAGUAGCAAUCGCUGAAGCCAUGGCAAGACAGUGGUUUGGGUAUGUGAUUUAUCCUGAAAAUUGGCGUUAUCAGUGGAUCAUUAAGGGCCUGGGAGUAUACGUAGCAUAUGACAUCGUCAAAGAGUUUCAAAGUAAUCCGAUCGGUGUUGAUGAAAGUCUUUUGGAUAUGAACACAAUAUUCGUCACAGAUGUGAUACAAGAAAGUUUGUACUUUGAUGCAUAUACAAACGCUCAAGUUCUUGAACCCUCGGAAGAUAUAUUUGAGGAAGAAGACAUACGAUUCCAUUUGAGUGACGUCGUAAAUGUUAAAGCGGCGUCUAUUUUGUGGAUGUUACGACUCAUGCUCGGUGGCCCCGAUCAAGAUUUUAUCCAAACCGGCGCAAGAGCUUUAAUCAACCAAAGAUCUUUGCAAACAGUCAACACGUUUAACUUCGUUGAUGCUAUAAACAGCGAAUAUACUGGAGGAGGUUUAGUUGGUGAUAUUUUAGAAUUCUUUGAUAAUUGGCUCUAUUCAUCUGGAUAUCCACUCAUUCACGUCGGUUUACUUCAAAAUGGCGUCCUUAUCUUCCAGGAACGCUUUGGCUUCUCCAAUUCACCACAAGUAGCAUACCAGAUACCUGUGACUUAUACUACGAGCGUCAAUCCAAACUUUGAAAAUAUUUACCCCAUUCUUGUUACUGAUACCACCACAACAUUCAACUUUUUCCUGGAUGAAGAAGACUGGGUACUUUUUAACAUUCAAGGCCAAGGUUACUAUCGUGUCAAUUAUGAUAACGACCUCUGGGAAAGAAUUAUAGAGGCUCUCGAAGAUCCAGAAAGGAGAGAACAAAUCCACCCUCUCAAUCGUGCUACAUUAGUGGACGAUGCGCUCAAUUUGGCAAGAGCCGGUAAGACUACAUACGAAAUCGCCUUUAGAGUCGUUUUGACGAUGGAACAUGAAAUGGAUUACGCAGUUUGGAAGGCUUUUGUCCGCAACAUGGAGUUCCUCAAGAAGAAUUUCGAUGCCCUCUUUGCGGAAGAUGAGGAGCGUGAUCCAGACAUUUAUUUGAGAAUGGUCCGAAGGACCGUUGGAUUAGUUGAAAGAGAAAUCGGAUUCUACCCAGAUAUAAGUUUAACUGAGCCAGCUAUGACGUCUUUGACUCGAGGUCUGGUAAUGGAGCACGCGUGUCGAGCUAGAUACCAACCUUGUAUAGCCGCUGCAGUGGAUUGGUUCUACGAUCCAAACAACAAUGAAGUUGUGAAUCCAAAUAUACCUUAUGAAAUAAGACCUGCAGUGUACUGUACAAUGGUAAAAGAAGGUGGCGACGAUGCAAUUUUAGCACUGUAUGCACGACUGGAAAUUGAAGCUUCUCUAUAUGAAAGAGUUGUUAUUUUGGAAUCUUUGGCUUGUUCACAAGAUGAUGGAUUUAUCAAUGGAUUAUUAGAACAGACUAUUGCUAUGAAUAGUCCAUACAAUGCGGAAGAGAGGCUGAAAAUUUUCGCUGCAGUGGCGAAAGCAAGUCACGAAAACGCUUUGAAUGCUUUUAACUUCUUAUCUAGAAGAGUGAUUGAAAUUAGAAAUAUGUAUGGUGGACCACACAAACUAGAACAAGCUAUCGCUGUUCUAUCGGAAUGUAUGGUUGGCCCAUUUGCUGAAAUGUUCCACAAUUUCGUCAAUUCUAUCUUGAAUAACUUGGAAGACUCCGGUCCAGUGGCUGAGAGAUACAGGGACAGGGUGAACGAGAACGAGCGAUGGUGGAUGGAGUACCUAGAAGUCGCCUAUGAAUGGAUUGACGAAAACGAUGCACCAACUAUGUACGUUUCCGCAAUCUUGAUUACGGUUUCAGUACUAGUUGCACUAUUUAACAAUUAA